AUGCCGAGAUCAUCGAUGCCUGCGCAACAAUGCCGAGGUCAUCGAUGCCUGCACGAGUCCGCUUCUAGUAAAGACCAAGAGACCGAGAGACCUAAUAUACUCUUAACAACGAGCCGCUUCCACAACGAGCCCGCUGAAGACAAGAGACAGAGAGACCAAUACACUCUUAGUAACGAGCCUGCUUCCAGUAAAGACCGAGAGACCGAGAGACCUAAUACACUCUUAGUAACGAGCCCGCUUCCAGUAGAGACCAAGAGACCGAAAGACCUCUUAGCAACGAGCCUGCUUCAAGUAAAGACCGAGAGACCUAAUACACCUCACCCGCCCGCUGAAGACAAGAGACAGAGUGACCAAUACACUCUUAGUAACGAGCCUGCUUCCAGAAAGGACCAAGAGACCGAGAGACCUACGAACCCGCUUCCAGUAAAGACCAAGAGACCGAAAGACCUCUUAGUAACGAGCCCGCUUCCAGUAAAGACCGAGAGACCUAAUACACCUCACCCG